UGCAUCAAAGCCUCAACCCGGACGACCCCUCAUCUCAUUCAUUUCUUCUCGCAUCACGAUAGUCCUACCGCAACACUUGUUCUACUUGGCCUACACCACCCGAGCUCUUGUCUCAUUUCCAGGCGUGGUUUUACUUUGGCUUUGCACUGCUCAACACAAUAAUUCCUCCAGCGGCAGAUAGGUCCCGGUAAGCCACUGGCAGCGAUCUGUAGUCCCACUCAGAAUGGCACUCGUGGAGCGACUACCACUCGAAAUACGAGAACACAUCUGCGAACUCAUCGGGCAUGUCCCUCACCCCUCACACGACUAUCUGAUCAACUGUUUUGAUCCCCCCGAGGAUCAUCCGCAAUCGGAGCCGUUUCCCGGACCGCCACACACCUUAUACUCAUCAGCUUACGCUGAUCUUCGGGUAUUAUCGCUUGUUUCAAAGGCGUUCGCGGAGCCAUCCCAGCGCGUCUUGUUCAAGACCACCGUGGUCCAGGGCUCUAUUGGAAUCAUGAGCUUACUUCGGAGCUUACUCUUCUACCCAAAGAAUAGGAACUACGUGCGACGUCUUGCGGUGUCUCGCAAGGAGUGCUGGAGGCUCCAGUACCCCGUUGGAGGAAUCGUGCUGCGGGCGUUCAUGAACAUUUUGGGCAGAGAUGUGUUCACUCCCAUCUUCGACGAGCUACAGGACGCUAGCUUCUUUCGCGGGGUGGUGAUGGCACUGUCAGCAUGGUUGGGAGACGAUUGCUUCUCAUAUAAGUACCGCUCGAAAUGGAGAUCUGUCCGUGAGAAGCUUCCGCAGCUCUCCCGCGACGCCUUGGGUGAUUACGUCUUGAGAAGCAUCGUCCAGCUCUGUCCACGUUAUGGAAGCUCUCACGCAAGAUACCUCGCGGAUCACCGAACAUACAACACGGUUUCCUCAUGCCUCCCAGAUCCCUAUUCUUUUCUGGAAUCACUCACGCUCGACUUGGUCGCGUUCCAAAAGAAAAGUGCCCUUGUUGUCCUCGGACCCGAAUACACAGAAUUCUGCCAUCCCAACAUCGAGUGCCUGACACUGGUCGGCAAUACAUGUAACGCGUAUUCGGAUCCUCCGCUUAGCCUCGGGAGUCUUCGUGGUUGGUUGCGCGGCCACAAAAGACUGCGUGAACUUCGAGUGCUACGCGGGGGCGACGACAAUAUCUACGUGGAUUUCAAGCAAGACACAGUAGAAACAAUUCCGAAUUGGAACGACAUCCUGCUCUCGCUCAAAGACACCUUGGAACUUUUCGUAAUAGAAGGGACCAGAUUAAUGUACGAUGAAGACGAGGUCAUCUGGCGCCUUGGCCCUACCAAAAUGCUCUCGUGCUUACCAGAGCUCAAAAAGCUGACAUACCUUAAGACGUUCUUGCAUAUGCUUAGGGAUGAUAGUCCUGAGAUUCAUGUCCCACGGACAUGGGACGGGCCGGGGGUGCUGGAGCUGGUACAGACCGGGCUUCCGCCCAGCCUGAAGAGGAUAGAUGUUGUGGUUGUUGAAGAGGUGUUUUCCAUCGGUGAGCACCCUGACGUGGACGAGCUCGCCAUCAAGAGAUCUAGGACUGUGCGUGUCGACCUAUAGAUACGAACCGGCUUGGUCGCUUUCAGGGUAAUGACACAUUCAUUACCUAUGACCGCAGGUGUCAACGCUUGAUGACCCUGGCGUUUGCUCCUUGUACAAUGAAGUGUUCGAGCAGUUGGAUGACCCCAAAGAGCAUCUGUUUGCUGGGAGUCAC